UCGAUAGAAAGAGUGAACCAACCAGACAGGGCAGAUCUCUCUCUCUCUCUCUCCCUUUCUCUCAAAAGUCGAAACACUUGUUCACGAUUUGUAUAAACCCCCGUCUCAAUACACCACUGAUUGUUAUUCUCUCCAGAAAUUGAAUUCAAAAACCCUAGUUUUCUUUCCAUAUUCUCGAUGUUAUCCAACCCUAUCAGUUGAAAAUCAUCGAUUAUUUUGGGAUAUUGAAUUCAAAAGAUGGACAUCGAACAAAAACAAGCAGAGCACAUAGAGUACUUCGUCAAGCAAGCCUCGACCCACAAGGGCGCUUCCGUUUCAAACGUCGUCGUUGAAGCCACUUCGCAUCCGUCUCUAUUCGCCUUCUCCGAGAUUCUCGCCGUUCCCAAUGUUCUCGAGCUUCAAGGAACUGAGAACUCUGUAUAUCUUGAUCUGCUUCGUUUGUUUGCCCAUGGCACAUGGAGUGACUACAAGAGUAAUGCUGGUCGUCUUCCGCAGUUGGUUCCUGAUCAAACCCUCAAGCUAAAGCAACUUACUGUGCUAACAUUGGCUGAGACAGAAAAGGUUUUGCCCUAUGAUAUACUGAUGCAGGAGUUGGAUGUGACAAACGUACGCGAACUUGAAGAUUUUCUUAUCAAUGAGUGCAUGUAUGUGGGCAUAGUUAGAGGGAAGCUAGAUCAGUUGCGAAGAUGCUUCGAGGUUCAAUUUGCAGCUGGCAGGGAUCUGAGACCCGGGCAAUUGGGGAGUAUGAUACAAACAUUAACAAACUGGUUGACUACAUCAGACAAUCUUCUUAUCACAAUUCAAGAGAAGAUAAAAUGGGCGGAUUCCAUGAGUGAGGUGGACAAGAAGCACAGAAAGGAAGUUGAAGAGAGGGUUGAUGAAGUAAAGAAGUCAAUCUCCCUCAAGAAGUUAAACACUGUGAGCAGGCCGACAUUGACUUCCGAGGGCAUGAGGAGAUCUACUCUGAACCUGGUGGAGUGAUGGACUACGAGGAAGACCGAAGCCGACCAAAGAGGAGGCGACAUCCAAUGGCUUGAAGAAAGAGAAUUGAAUCCAUAGAAUUGGUUGUCUGCCAACUAUUGCCGUUUUUUUGUUCGUGGCAUUCCAACAACACUUGAUUGCAGAUUUUGGAGAGACACUCGUCUCUUUCGAAUUUGAACUUUCCUGUUAAUUUUGAACUCAAAUAUUUGACAGUUAGUUUGUAUUGGAACCAUAUCAUCAUUAUUCGUUUUGAGUCAACAAAGAUUAUAUUGGAUUUGAUAGUGCGGCUUAGAAAGUUAUAUCGCUAAUAUGCAAAGCGAUAAUUUCAGUUAUUGUGCUUUAUGAUGUUGCACUUAAAAAUCCUACUUUAUUUAUUUAUGGAAUUAACUUUUGCAAUGGAUACAAAAUGCUCGUGUC